AUGAAGCUUGCAAGGAUCCUCACCUUCGUCGCUGCGGUGGCUGCGCUCCCAGCUGCGAAGAACGAUGUUGCUGCUCGAGCAUCGUACUCGAAAGUUGAUGGUCUUAAGUUCAACAUCGACGGUGUCACAAAGUACUACGCCGGCACCAACAGCUACUGGAUCCCUUUUCUCACCGACGACAACGAUGUCAACGUCAUCAUGGGUCACCUAGCUACCUCCGGGCAGAAGAUUCUGCGAGUAUGGGGCUUCAACGACGUGACAUCUAUCCCCAGCUCCGGCACAGUCUACUUCCAGUCCUUCUCUGGCUCCACAGCGACCAUCAACACCGGCGCCAACGGCCUGCAGCGCCUUGACGCCGUUGUUAAGUCGGCUGAGAAGAACGGCAUCAAGCUCAUCGUUAACUUCGUAAAUAACUGGACCGACUACGGCGGUAUGGCUGCCUACUUCUCUGCCUGCGGCGUCAGCAGCAAUGCUCAGUGGUACCAGUCCACCAAAUGCCAGACCAUGUACCAAGCCUACAUCAAGGCCGUCGUCUCGCGCUACCGCACCUCGACCGCCGUCUUCGCAUGGGAGCUCGCCAAUGAGCCGCGCUGCAACGGCUGCGCCACCUCAGUCCUUACCAACUGGAUCCGCGCCUCAUCGAACUACGUCCGGUCUCUCGACUCCGACCACAUGAUCGCCAUCGGCGACGAAGGCUUUGGCCUCACCGGUGAUGGUUCCUACCCCUACCAAUUUAGCGAGGGUCUCGACUUCGCCGCCAACCUCGCCCUACCCAAUGUCUCUUUCGGCACCAUCCACCUGUACCCAAAGUCCUGGAGCACAACGAACGACUGGGGAAAUGCGUGGAUCACUACGCACGCAGCUGCGUGCAAGAAGGCUAACAAACCUUGCUUGCUGGAGGAGUACGGUGUGGAUGUUGCCGCGGACCACUGCCCGGUUGAGAGCAAGUGGCAGGCGACAAGCUUGGGAUUAAAGGAUGCGGGGAUGGCGGCGGAUCUAUUUUGGCAGCUGGGUGAUACAGUUACCAGUACGGGAGCGUUGACGCAUAACGAUGGGCAUACUAUCUAUUACAACAGCUCGGACUGGACUUGCCUGGUUACGGAUCACAUCAAGAAUAUCGGUUGA